AUUUUCAAGGCGCUCAUGCAUUCCAGCAUGGAGUGUAUUUCCAAAGUCUUUUUGAUUUAGAUCUGAAGGACUGUUAUUGCAUGUCCAUUGGCCAUAUCUGGUUUGAGCGUGCUCAUAUGCAGGCACAAAGCCAUGCUUGCUCAUUUUAAGAGUGAAAAAGUUGGGAGACACUGUUAAGAAAAAGAACCCAGAGGUAAAAAUGGUAAUAGGCAGAAAAAUGAGGCAUUGAAAAUACCGAGUUUACAAGCUGUUUGCUCUGCCAUUUUCUCAGCUCUCUUAGAGCAAGAAUUGGAGUGCUAGUCAAGGACAGUGGUGUUCUGCAGCAUCGUGCUUGCUAGCAGGCCUUCUUCAGCUGCAGGGAAAAAUUAGUCCAAGAUUGGAGCACUUUGAUUUGACUUUCAGAAUCUGUAAGACUGAUUCUCUGGGGAUGGGGAAGGAUGACAUUGCUGUUCCCUCAGAUGUCCCACUGACCCAAAAGAUUGACAUUCUUCUUCUUACUUCUUUUUUUUUCCUUCUCCUUUUAGCUUGUAAACUGUCUCCUGCACUUCUCAGCACCUUCUUUCAGUAUUUUCAGAAAAAUAUUGUGGAGCAUGUUUGUGAGAGCUGUGUAACUGUACAGUUACUUCUGUUAGGCUGCCACGAGAGCAUAGCAAUUUGGGGAAAAGUCUGGCUCAAGGAAACUAGAAAACGAAGUUCUUCCUGUAUGGAUCAGCCUUCUAGUGAUGGUGAAACAGGAAGAAGACUGCCCUAAGCUAACCCAGGAUGAAUCGGGUGCCAGGUCCUGCAGAAAAUGCUCACAGUAGCAGUGUGGAAUCCUGUCCUUCCCUGCGGGAUGUCCAUUCCAUUAACCCUGCACAGCUGAUGGCAAGAAUUGAGUCAUAUGAAGGAAGAGAAAAAAAAGGCAUUUCAGAUGUCAGAAGGACUUUCUGUUUGUUUGUGACAUUUGAUCUCUUAUUCGUAACCUUGCUGUGGAUAAUAGAGUUAAAUGUAAAAGGAGGCAUUGAGACUACUUUAGAGAAAGAAGUCCUGCAAUAUGACUACUCUUCUUCAUAUUUUGAUAUAUUUCUACUGGCAGUCUUUCGAUUUAAGGUGUUAAUACUUGCAUAUGCAAUGUGCAGACUGCGCCAUUGGUGGGCAAUAGCUUUUACAACAGCAGUGACCAGUGCCUUUUUAUUAGCAAAAGUAAUUAUUUCACAGCUGUUCUCACAGGGUGCUUUUGGCUAUGUGCUCCCCAUCAUAUCUUUCAUACUUGCCUGGAUUGAAACCUGGUUCUUGGACUUUAAAGUGUUACCACAAGAAGCGGAAGAAGAAAACAGAUUGUUGAUAGCACAGGAUGCCUCUGAGCGAGCAGCUCUUCUUCACCCAGGAGCCCUCUCUGAUGGGCAGUUCUAUUCUCCUCCUGAAUCUGUAGCAGGAUCAGAUGAGGAAUCUGAAGAAAAACAGGACAGUGAAAAACCAGUUGUAUAGCAAAUGAGAGAAAGCAG